AUGUCGUACGGUGGUUCUGUAGCUGGUUAUAGGAAUUCUGGAGCAGAUGAAAAACAAAGAUACGGAAAUGGUACAACUUAUUCAACUGGUGUUAAAGUACCUAGUGUUUACGAUAACCGACCACCUCUUGAAUAUGGCAUUAAUACACCUAUUGGUUACGGUAAGCCACUACUACCGCCACCUGAAUUGAAUGGUGCUUCCGGCUACGGUAACCCAUUUCCACCAGGAAUAAACGCUGCAUCUGGGUACGGUAACCCACCUCCACCUAGAAUGAACGCCGCAUCUGAGUACGGUAACCCACCUCCACCUGGAUUCAAUUGUACGUCAGGCCGCGGUAAUCCAUUUCUACCUCAACCUGGAUCGAACUGUGCACAUGGCUACGGUAAGCCACUACAAUCACCUCCUGGAUUUAGUGAUCAAUCACGUUACGGUAAUUCAGUACUCAUGUCACCAAGAAUCAGCGCUCCUUAUGUUUACAAUUUGACCGCAUCUAUCCCAUCAAGAGGUAAUGCCCCUCCAGGAUUCAACGGCCAUGCCCCACCGCCAUUUGGAAACAACGCCCCGGCUACGGUAAACAACGGUUCAGCUUCUGUAAACAACGGUUCAGCUACAGUAAAAAACGGUUCAGAUACGGUAAACAACCCUUCCUACGGUAGAGGUGGAGCUUGUGUACCUUCAAUUUACAAUGCUUAUAUGCCUCCGCCAACAGCACUUAAUGCGUUUCAAGUCAACAAUAACGAAUGUAGAAUUGCUUCGUGUACUUAUGGUACCAGCCAAAUGGGACACAAUGGUGCCCCUCUUCGACAGACUAACGGAAGUGAAUUUGUAAACCACUGUAGAGCUGGCUUAGACAAUCUCAACGCUGGUAAUCAAAAACAACUUAAUCUUAACAGUACUGAACCUGAUAAUCGUUUCAAUGGUGAAGGUGGUAGACAAAAUGUUAAUGCUGAGGAUAGUCAAAAAGAUAAUAAGGCAGACGACCGCUUCAACCUACUGUUUGGAGACGAAUCACGCUUUCAAGCAUUAUGCAGCAAGGACCAUUACCAAGUGUACCAAAGCCAGAUGGAAGUGAUCAAAAGUUUCUACAAAAAAGCUCUGUCCAAUUUAAAAGACAAUCAAUUUACAAGUCCAGAGUUUGAUGAGAUUUUUUUCAAUUUGAAAAUGAUUUCACGAGAUGGCAAACUUGACAACUACAUUUUGAAACGCAUGAAAGAAGUAAAAACGAGAACAUUUUACUAUGCCAACGAUAUCUUCGGAUUUUGUAAAUUGCUGCAAGCCUACACUGACCAACGGUUUCUUGAAGACGAAACUGAAGAUUCUGAUGACAGUUUUUCUAAUCUAAAUCACCAAGAUGAAUCAACCUUUUCAAUGUACGGUCCAGACGAUGAACGCUACAAUUCGACGUUUGAAGAUGCAGUAAAAUGGGAAGCUGAGUGCGAUCCAGAGCAUUUGGAGGUAUACAGAAGGCAAGUGGAGAUUCUGCGGCGUUUCUACAAACUGUGUAGAAUAGCGUUAGUAAAAAAGGAAUAUGCUAUGGAAUUGGAGGAAUUUGACUUAACUGUAUGGGCAGCUAUAGGCUAUGCCAAAUCCGGCGAUCUUGACAACUAUAUGGUAAAAGCCUUGAAGAGAGUUUUGAAUGACAAAUGCAGAAACGAUGCCAAACUUUUGGAAGCUUGCUAUGCAUUGGUGGCUUACAAUUCGCUAAAAUACCUGGAAGAAGAAUCACGACCUAAUGUAAGAGUUUCACAGUACCAUGAAGAAGCUGCACCAUCUUUUGAAACAAACCAAAAUACAGAAGGACUAGUUUCUGCCAUUAACUGUCAACAACAUACUUCUGAAUCCGAGCGUCCGCAACGUCUUACUCAACAAUUCCACGAAGCUGUCAAUUCUGCUACAAAACUAAUGUGUGAAGAUUCUGAAGGCUUAUCCAAAGACCUCAAAGCACUAUCAAUUGAGUGCUCUGAAGAACCUGAAGCCAAGUUUGUUGAUCCUCAUAACCAACAAGAAUUCAAUGAAGAAUCCGGAUUCUCGAUAGUAAACGAAGCAAAUGAAAUUCAGAAUACAUCUACAAGAAAUACAGAAUCUUUAAAGGAAGAAGUGAUAAAAAAGCUUUCUACUCUCAAACGUAUCAUGGAAGGUAUCAACGGGUUGAGGGACGAAGCUAUGGCCAUCAAGGAAGAGGUGUUGAACAUUGUUAAGGGACUGAGUAAAUAA